UAGGUUUAAUUAUUCAAAAAGUGAAGUUUUAGAUGGCGAGUGGUGGUUGCAGCAAUAACAAGAAGCCAGUGAAGAUUGUGAUUAUUACUACACAAUAUGUGGAAACUGAUGCCAUGAGUUUUAAGUCUGUGGUGCAGAAGCUUACUGGUAAGCAUUCUUCUGAUGAUCGUGUUGAUGAUGAAGUUGCAGAAGGUAGAAAAGCUAAGAGGGAAAGAAAUGAUUUAAGUGAUUUUGAUGUGGCUGCUUGUGAAAGUGGUCAUGAUGGAAGAAGCUCUUUUUUUAUAAGUGAUUCUUUGUUGAAUGAGUGUGACAUUUUGUUUAGAGAGAUGCAGACAAACAACAACUUUUUGUUUGACUCAUAA